CAUAGCGCCAGUAAAGAAGAGCUGGUCUGUGAUUGGUUAGAGUUGAUACGGUAUAAACAAAAGCUGAGCCCAAACUGCUCAAGUACACUUGGCUGCUUAUGGAGGUUUUAGGGGUCAAAGGUUAAAGGUUACGGAAUAUUGCUCCUUCGGGGAACCUCUGCCUCGCUGCUUUAGCUCCGGUUUCCGCAGUUCACGUCAUGUUUUAGGCUCCGUUGCUGGGAGGCUAAUGUGGCUAAAGCUAGCUCAGAGCUAAAGUCCGGUAGCUUUUAAAUGAAGUUCGGUUCGGUUCGGGAACUGACCCAAGUCUAAAGAGCGGUUGAGUUCGGCCCCUGGAGCCGCCAUGAGCCGUUCCCCGGUGUGACUGAAGGGGGAGGAUGGCAGCAGAGCUGUUCCCCGCCAAGAAGCUGGUGUCUCCGGCCUCAAGCAGCAGCAGCUCCGCCGCUUCGCUCCAGCAGCAGAACCUGAGCAACAACAACCCGGCGCCGGGCUGCAGCUGGCAGGGCCUGUUCCCCACCAUCCGGGAGAGGAAUUCAGUCAUGUUCAACAACGAGAUGAUGGCGGACGUUCACUUCGUGGUCGGACCGCCGGGCGCCACUCAGAGGGUUCCUGGACACAAGCCGUUUCCUGCAGGGGGCGACUCGUUGCGUCUAAAGUCUUUUAGAAACCAGGUUCUGUUGGCUUCUGACCCGGUUCCGGUUCUGCUGUUCCUCUCGGCAGUACGUUCUGGCCGUGGGCAGCUCCGUGUUCCAUGCCAUGUUUUACGGCGAGCUGGCCGAGGACACGGAGGAGAUCCGGAUCCCGGACGUGGAGCCGCCGUCCUUCCUGGCCAUGCUGAAGUGGGUCGGACUAUCCGUUCGGACCUCAGAACCAGAACCGGUCUGCUAACCCGGCCUCUCCUCCACAGGUACAUCUACUGUGACGAGAUCGACCUGUGCGCCGACACGGUGCUCGCCACCCUCUACGCCGCCAAAAAGUACAUCGUGCCUCACCUGGCGCGGGCCUGCGUCAACUUCCUGGAAACGAGCCUGAGCGCCAAGAACGCCUGCGUGCUUCUGUCGCAGAGCUGCCUGUUCGAGGAGCCGGACCUGACGCAGCGCUGCUGGGAGGUCAUCGACGCGCAGGCCGAGCUGGCGCUGCGCUCCGAGGGCUUCUGCGACAUCGACGUGCAGACGCUGGAGAGCAUCCUGCGACGGGAGACGCUCAACGCCAAGGAGAUGGUCGUGUUCGAGGCGGCGCUGAGCUGGGCGGAGGCCGAGUGCCAGCGCCGCGACUUGCCACCCUCCAUCGACAACAAGCGGCUGGUGCUGGGCAAGGCCAUCUACCUGAUCCGCAUCCCCGCCAUGGCGCUGGAGGACUUCGCCAACGGCGCGGCGCAGUCCGGCGUGCUGACGCUCAACGAGACCAACGACAUCUUCCUGUGGUUCACGGCGUCCCGCAAGCCGGAGCUGCUGUUCUGCACCAAGCCGCGGAAGGGGCUGGCGCCGCAGCGCUGCCACCGCUUCCAGUCCUGCGCUUACCGCAGCAACCAGUGGCGCUACCGCGGCCGCUGCGACAGCAUCCAGUUCGCCGUGGACCGCCGCGUCUUCAUCGCCGGCUUCGGCCUGUACGGCUCCAGCUGCGGCUCGGCCGAGUACAGCGCCAAGAUGGAGCUGAAGCGGCAGGGAGUGCCCAUGGCGCAGCGCGUCAUCAAGUUCUUCUCCGACGGCUCCAGCAGCACCUUCCCGGUCUGGUUCGACUACCCGGUCCAGAUCGAGCCCGACACCUUCUACACGGCCAGCGUGGUUCUGGACGGCAACGAGCUCAGCUACUUUGGCCAGGAGGGCAUGACGGAGGUCCAGAGCGGCAAGGUCACCUUCCAGUUCCAGUGCUCCUCCGACAGCACCAACGGGACCGGGGUCCAGGGCGGCCAGAUCCCAGAACUCAUCUUCUACGCCUGAGCCGGGUCGCCGCGGGAAGCCGGGGGACUACUUCCAGCGGCGGAUGAAUACACUAACGGUCUGAGUGACAAAACGGAGCCAAACUUUUGCUCCAUAUUUUCAUUUGUUUGUGCCGCAAUUAUUUUAAACGUUAUGAAAGUUUCCAGAGGUCAUGAAAGGUCAAGCAGACCCUCUUCUGGGUGCUUUGAGACGUCGUUGACCUCUGACCUCUGGACUCUUGAUUAUCUUCUAAUGGCAGCACAGAUAAAGUUUUGCUGACACCAGUUCAUUUAUAGAUUAUUGAUUAUUAAUCUCUGAAGGCGGUUCCGGUCUGAAGUAAGGUCGGGAAAUGAAGCAGAACCCGACCGGAUCUCUGCGUCGGACCUCCCAGUGCCUUAAUGACGUGUAGAUCCGGGUCUGCUGAGCCGGGUCAGAACCGUUUUCAGGUUCAGAUCUGUGUUGAUCCGCGGGUCGUUUCAGUCGGUUUCGACCCGUCGUGUAGAAGAAAAUGGUUCUGAUCUGCUGGGUUCUGGUUCACCUCCAGAACCAGAACUGGUCCACUUCCUGCUCUCAGAGGAGCAGUUCCUGUUGGGAUCGGGUCAGAACCUCAGCUAGAUCGACCAGACCACUGGGACCGGGUCGUGGUUCUGAUGGUGCUGCUGCUCCUCAGUUUGUUGCCUUAGUGAAGCUGCUGAGUGGCGCAGUUCCUGCUGCAGCCUGAAGGUGGCAGUGUUUGCUGUUACCUGGAGCUGGAGCUUCCCCUUUCUGAGGUUCUGGAUGAGGUUCUGCCAUCGUUUGGACCUGAAGCUCAUUGCUUUUUUCAUUUAAUCACCUAGAAACGGGUUGAACCCGGUUCACACGUUCCUUUAGUUUUGUCUGUUUUCCUGUUUUGUGUUUCCUGUUUCCUGUUUUCUGCCUCCAUCCUGGAUGAAACUCGGUGGCCUUAUCUAACUCAUGUAGUGAUGAAAUAAAAAGUUUAAAAAGUU